AUGAGCUCAUUUCUUCUUCUUUUAUUUAAUGAUUUAAUUUCUCAAAACAUUGACCAAAAUUAUGAGGAAAAUAAUUUAAUUUUUGAUAUUUCAUCCAUUCAAUCAGUUAGUGGAGAAAGUAAAAAUUCAAUGAUAUUGGAGGAUUUGAAUUUAAGUAGCCAAUCUGAUUUUUUCCCCAAUGUACUUGAUUGUGCCAGCAAUACUCAAUCUAAUACUAGUUUAUAUUCAAUGCAACCACUUUCAAAGAUUGAAGGCUUCUUUGAAAAUUUUGAAUAUUCUGACAUAUCAAGUCUAAAGAGACCACUAAGUGAUUUUCAAUCAGUUUUAAAAUUGAAACCAGAAAAAAAGAAGCGAUCUAUCUAUUUCACAGAACAAAGCAGUGACAAACUUUUUGAACACAAACAUUAUUUUGAGAGACUUUGUUUUGGAUUGAAUCCUCAACAAAUACAAGAGUCUGAUCUUGUAAAUUUUGGCAUAUUAGCCCUACAAGGUAUUUCAUCGGAUGUAUUUAUUUGGGAUUCUGUAAAGUUUUGCUUUAAAAUUCAACCAGUGAGGAUAAAGACAUUAUCAUUUCUAGGACUACGACAAUCUUUGCAGGUAGUGGCCAACAUGGGAUCACUAUUCAAACGUUUAGAAAUAAUAACAGAAUAUACUCAACUAGAUUUAACCUAUACUGGAAAAUGCUUGCAGAGUUGUGGACAAGGUCUUUCUCAUGUCAUGAAUUGGUACAAGUCAUGUAUACUAGAUAUUCCAAAUAUUCUAACUACUCUAGUCUCAGACUAUUCAGGAUGUGAUUGUAGAAUUACAAUUCUUAACUUGAUACAUCAUAUUACUCCUUUAAAGCAACGUUUAGAAGUGUUGUCUGAAAUAUUUGAAUGUGACAUACAAGAGAAAAAUGCAAAUGAUGAAUUCUCCAUACUUCUUACUGAUAAUAUACAGAGUAAGAAUCUGUAUAUAUCUAGUAGAGUUAAACAACUGCCCAAGGGAGCAAAGCUCAUCAAUUUAAUGUAUGAAAAAAUUCAAUCUAUUGAAAAUUCAAAUAGGCCAGAUUCUACGAAUAUUCUUCUUAUAUUACUCUACUAUACUUUCCAGCCAUACCUAUAUUGGAUAAAUAAGUGGAUAUUUUUUGGUGAGCUUGCUGAUGAUUUUAGUAGAGAGUUUUUUAUUCAAAAGAAUACCUCAAAUCAUUGUACUGAAAUGUGGAAUGCUCACAUUGUGGAUGCCCAACAAAUACCUUCAUGCAUUUUAAAAUGGGGAAAUGACAUAUUUACUACUGGCAAUACCGUAGGAAUAAUCAAGUCUUGUAGACCAGAUCACUACAUUCUCAAAGAUUUCAUUUCCUCAACAAUUAAAUCUAUCACAAUUCUUUUCACUGAACAAGAUUUGAAAAUUUAUGAGCUUCAAUGUGAAAAAUUACAAAAAUUACAACACAAAGACGCAACCUUAGAGAUGAAAACCCAAUUACAACAAUUGGAAGUAAAAAUUAGAGCUCAAGAGGAAAGACUGAAAUUUGGUGAAGAAUUAUUGGAUAGAUUUCAAGAAGAGGAGAACAAAUUACGAGAUAAAUUAAAGAAAGAGAUCUUGGAAGAAUACAGAAAGAAAAUGAAUGUAGAUAUUUUUGAGGAGAGUCUGAACCUCAAUAAGACACUGAAUGAAAUCACUCCCAAGCAACAGGAUGAAGAUUCUCUGAUGAGUGAAGCUCCUUCUCAAUUGAUUAUUGAAGAUUUAGACAAGCUGAUUGAUGAUGAAGAUGCAACCUUAUUAAUGAGAGUAGAAUCUUUAAGUGUUUCCAACUUGUUGGAGAGUCAAAGGCCAUUCAUAGAGUUACCAAUUGAGGUAGCAACUAUGAGGAGUAUUUUUUCAGUAUUAUUCCAGCAAAAACACAUGAUCGACAGCAUUUUUGUGAAGAUGUUAUUUCACGACUAUAGAUUGAGCGAGUAUUUUAGUAUUAUUAAUAAUUUUUUCCUUUUUCGAGCUGGUGACUUUCAUGAUUGUUUUGUAAAUAUUUUGCAUGAAGGCAUGAAAAAGGGUAUUCUGUAUUCUGAUAUUUAUAUUGUAAAUAGAGCUAUGCAAGAGGCAUUAAAGAUUACAGGCCAUGCAGAGAGAGAUGAAAGUAUUGUAUCCAAAUUGAACUUCCGUAUUGAUGAAUCUAAGGUUAUUAAUUUUUUAGAUUACAACUCUGUUACAAGUCUCGAUCAUUUGUUAUUACAUUAUGACAUUGAGUUUCCUGUCUCGUUAAUAUUAACACCAAUCAUGAUGGGAAAAUAUGCAUCAAUUCAUGCACUCUUACUUAAAAUCAAACGGAUCGAUUGCUCACUGUUGGAUAUUUGGACUAUUUUCAAGGUAAAGACUAGAAUAACCAAUCAAAGACUAAAGUAUCUCCAACUAUUUAGACAAGAGAUUCAGCAUUUUAUAACGGUAUUCAAAACGUUCAUCUUUGUAGAGGUUAUUGAAUCAUCCUUUUCUGAUUUUGUUAAAGAAUUACUUCACCAAAAAGAUAAGGAUUUGAAUAUGGAAAGAUUGUUAUCAAUUCAUCAAAAGUUUGUUGAUUCAUUAAUCAAACAGUGUCUACUCUCUACAUCAGCUAAACCUAUUAUGGAUAUUAUUUUGAAAAUGUUUGGAUUAAUUUUAAAGUUCAAAAUUCAAAUUGAAAAUGUGGACAUAACAGAUUUGCCAGAUACCCAUUAUGCAAUAAUUACACAAACUAGAAAAGAAUUUAUAGAUUGUGCCCUAUUUUUGGAUUCAUUAAUGGACAGAGUAGCUCUGCAAUCAACAACAUCCAAGUUUGGAAAAUUCAGAAUGAAUUAUAAAUUUACAUACUAA